UCUCCUCCCUUCCCCUCCUCUGCCGGACGCCGCCUCCGCUCCUGAAGGGUCCGGCGGAGAGGCGCGGAACCCCCCCCCCGCGGGAUGGCGGUGCGGAGGGUCGCGCUGUGGCUGUGCGCGGCGGCGGGGCUGUGCGCGGCAGCGGAGGAGCUGCGGCUGGCCCUGCUGCACACCAACGACGUGCACGGGCGGGUGGAGGCGCAAGGCUCCGAGACGCGGAGCUGCGCGGACGCGGAGGGCUGCUUCGGCGGCGUGGCGCGGAGGGCGGCGCGGGUGGCGGCGGUGCGGGCCGCUCACCGCAACGUGCUGCUGCUGGACGCCGGGGACCAGUAUCAGGGCACGGUGUGGUUCUCCCGCUUCAAGGGUCGGGAGGCGGUCCACUUCAUGAACGCCCUGCGUUGGAGAAGGCUGUGGGCUUUGGGGAACCAUGAGUUUGAUGAAGGUGUGAGUGGAUUAUUGGAUCCUCUUCUUAAAAAUGCUAAAUUUACAAUCCUGAGUGCAAACAUCAAGGGGAAAACCCCGUUAGGGAACGAAAUGAUGAAAUACGUUUAUCCUUUUAAAAUAGUACAGUUUGACUCAGAAAAAGUAGGAAUUGUUGGCUACACUACAAAGGAAACUUCUUUUCUUUCACAGCCAGGGGGUGAUGUAAUCUUUGAAGAUGAAAUCGAGGCAUUGCAACUCCAAGUGAAUCAACUGUCUGCUAUGGGAGUGAACAAAAUAAUUGCCCUAGGGCAUUCUGGGUUUACUGUGGACAAAAAUAUUGCCCAAAAAGUGAAAGGAGUGGAUGUUGUAAUUGGAGGACAUACAAACACAUUUCUCUAUACAGGCACCCCACCCUCUACUGAAAAGCCAGCUGGCCCCUAUCCAUACAUGGUUGACUCAGACGAUGGGAGGAAGGUGCCAGUUGUACAGGCUUAUGCUUAUGGAAAAUAUCUGGGUUACUUAAACGUGACGUUUGACGAGAAAGGAAAUGUGGUGGAAGCGGUUGGAAACCCCAUUCUGCUGGACAGCCGUGUCCCUGAAGAUGAGAACAUUAAAGAAGAAGUGGAAAAAUGGAGGAAAAACCUGGGGAAUUAUUCUGAAGAGAUUGGAAAAACUAGUGUUUACCUGAAUGGAACGAGCCAAGCGUGCCGUUUCCAGGAAUGUAACAUGGGAAAUUUACUUUGUGAUGCCGCGCUUUAUGAGAACGUCGUACGUCCGGAUAAAAAGUCAUGGAACCACGUUUCCUUGUGCAUCCUGAAUGGAGGUGGGAUCCGGUCGCCCAUCGAUGAACAGAGCACUAAUGGUAGCAUUACGGUGGAAGAUUUGCUGUCUGUUUUGCCCUUUGGAGGUCGCUUUGAUGUGGUGAGGCUCAAAGGCUCCACUCUGAAAGAAGCUUUUGAGCACAGCGUGCACAGAUACGGAGUGGGAAGCGGAGAGCUGCUGCAGGUUGGAGGCAUCCACGUGGUCUACGAUCUCUCCAGACCCCCUGGCAGCAGGGUUGUCAGCUUAGAAGUGCUCUGCACGGCCUGCCGUGUCCCAGCCUACGUCCCCCUCCAGAUGGACGAGAUCUACAACGUGACUCUUCCAUCCUACAUGCUAUUUGGAGGGGAUGGCUACAGUAUGCUGAAGGACAAGAACCUGGGAUACAGUAAAGGUGAGCCUGACGUGGAGGUGGUUUCCCGUUACCUCCAGAGGAUGAAGAGAGUUUACCCAGCAGUGGAAGGUCGGAUCAAGUUUUCUUCAGGCAGCCUCACGGAGGCAAGCCUGACCCUCAUUUCUCUACUGUUCACUUUAACAUUCUUGCACACUUGAUUCUGGCUCCAGCGUUUGGAGGAAGGCGAGAGGAGAGAUGGUGCUCACAAAGGGAAAAGGCAACUGUUCUCUUUUUCUUACACCUUAAAAUGACCGUGGGUUUAGGUUUCUGCAUGACCUCGGUAAAGGGCACAAAUAAUUGUCUUUAAUCUGGUGGAAGGACCGGAGCACAGGCCGUGCAGAACAAGGGGGUUCUCUUUCUCUCAAGCAGCAGGUACCCCCAAUUCAGCCUGAGGUUUCAAGCAGCAAACUUCCAGUGGAUCCUAACUCUUCAUCAGAAAACAACCGCUGACCGGAAUGGGGUAUUUUUAACGUGUCAAAUUCUUUUAGAUGAUAGUGAGUUGGUUAAAAAUCUGAUUCCAGUACCAUAAUCAAGCUUCUAGAAAUGGAUUUAUUAUAGGUGUAUAUACCUUUCUUUGGUCUCCUCUCAGGGUUAGAGCUUUGCUUCCAGUCAUAUUUGUCAUUCCUGCACCGAUGCCUGAAAGAACUGGAUUUAACUCAGUAGCAUUUAAAGCAUGAGGUCCAUUUACACGCAGUUAAAAAAGGGGUUUCUAUUUUACUUUUGAAAAUGCAGUAUCUCACUUCUGUUUUCCAUUAAUAAAGGACGCAAGGAAAGCUUGAUUUGAUUUUGAUCACUUUUAACCAAUGAAGUAUAUAUACACUUUGCUAUUUAUUAACAUGACCGGUUUGGGGACUGUAUUUAGAGUGAGAGCACAACCUGUGAUUAUGUUUGGUACAAAUAUGCUCAAUUUUAUGCCUUUUUCCAAAGACCAAAGCACAGGACUCCAGACCAUUCCUCUGUAUCAGCAACGUUCAGAGGGAAUGGUAGAUACACACACCAACUCCUGCAGCAGAGGGACAGCCUUUGAAAGUUGCCCAAUAAUGGGGCUUUUUACAGCAUAACCUGGCUUUAGGAUAACUGUGAGCAUCAAUCAAAAGCCUGUCCCUUCUAUAGGGAAGCUGCAUUUAAAAAAUACACAGUUGUAAGAGACAGGCUAAUGAGUACAAAAUCAGAAAUCAUAUUAAAUGCUGAGUGUACAUUUCUGAUGCUUUAUCAAGAAGUGACUGCUUAUAAAUGAGUGCGAGCGAUGAUUAUUUUUCUAAAAUUGUUCACAUUUGGAAUUUUGACACCAAUGUGUUUCCCUGUUGUUUAUUGCUGUAUUAAAUGGAUUCUCAGUGUUUUGACUAAA